CCAUCGGCUGGAGCUUCUCCACAACCGGCCAAGCCAUUGUUUGGUAAAACUUCGGCAAUGACGCAGAACAUUGUUGCUCCACCAGCUUUGACCCCGCGCACAGCGGAGGCAUCGACGCCUAGGUCGGCCGGUGUCAUUCAGGCCAACAUCCACGAGAGCGAUCACACCUACAUGAACUUGCACAGCGUUACAGCUAAGCCAGCGGAGCACACAUACGUCAAUACGCCGGGUCAGGGUCAGCCUGAUGCUAGCCUGGCAGUGACAGCAACGCAAACAUCCUCUGCCGCUGCCGAGGAGAUUGACGAUGGUGUUUCCGUAGAUCUAGUGUAUGGCAAUGCCGAGUCAGUCCCUUCGCCUUCUGCUGCUUACGAAGAAAUGAGUUUGACAGCGGAUAAUACCUAUGGGGAGGCUUUACCGCGCGAAACAGAGCCAGUUUACGGCAAUGACACCACAUCUGUCCGUUCUUCCAUGCCUGCUUACGAGGACGUGAACGUUGAGGCAGAAGACGUCACUUAUGGGGAGGCUUUGCCGCCGCCUCAAACAGAGCCAGUCUACGGCAGCGCAGACGCAACUGACGCACAGGAUAACAGGGCUGUGACCAACGUUUACGGUGCCCCGGUAUCGCCAGUCUCCACCGUCACCGACUCCAAAGAUCCGACCGUUGUGGCAGCCACAGACGACAGUAUGUACGAGCCAGUGGAUGAUCCGCGCUAUGAGCAACCGGUGCUCACGUCAGAUCAGCCACACUACGAGCCUUUACAGGCCGCCUCCUCCAGCAACAAAGCGGAGACUGAAUCUGCCACGUCUGCAAAUGCCUCAGAUUACCCUUUUUUUCACCAACUGGAUCGUGAGCAAGCCCUAGAAAAAUUCAAGUCAAACAUGCGGGAUGGCACAUUUUUAUUUCGCCCAUACAAGAAGGACAUGGUGCUCAGCAUUGUUCACCGUGGCAAGCUCACUCACCACCACGUGAGAUGGUCUGUCGAGGGCAACGAAUACUUUGUGAACAACCGGGCCACCAAAGCCUGCAGUCUCGCCGACCUCGAACAAAUUUUGCCAACCAUGAGCUGGUGGCCAGUCGCUUUUGUCAAUGGCCUCCCGCGUGCAUAGCUUGCUUUGUCACUGCAAUUUUACACGCGCCUCUUGAGGUGCCGCGGAGCACGCACACAACCAUGAUGUGGCAAGAGAAGUGAUAAUCAAUCAGUUGACAC